AAGCGCUGCUGGGCGCUAGUGUCGCGUCCAGUGGAAAAUGUCGGCGUAUUGAUGGUAUUUGUUAUGCUGGGAGUGUAUUGAUGCGCUUUGUGGAAGUUACUGGUCGUCUCUGUUUAAACAGUUUUUAUAUUUCGAUGUAUCUUUUGUUUGGGUUAUGUGAUAUAGUGAUAUUUGUGGAGCAAUAUUAUUCUAGGCCGUGUGAUUGAUGUUUGGAAUGACGCGUGGAUUAGGGAUUGUAGCGUUCUUCGUUAGUAGUUAUAUAAAUAUCUAGUUUUCUCGCGCCUUGGCCGAGAAGAAAACGAAGAAAUCAUGGAUAUGACACCACGAGACGACGGAAUCAUGUGGAUGAACGACAUGUUUAUCUCGACGGAUCCAUCCAACAUGAUGAUGGACAACAGAAGUGACUUUUUUACGGACAGCCCGAACUCGCUGGACGAAGUUCGCAGUCGCAUGCCGCUCGAUAUGGUUGAUGAAUACAUGAUGCUAAACGAGAGCGACUCAUACUGCGGUUCCUCACCCCCUCUCAUGAGUAGUAUGGGCACCCAAACCAUCCCUCCACCGGCACCGCCAAGCCGCAAGAUAAAACCCGUGAAACAUCCAGGCCUCAAACUGAAGACUCCCAUCGCCUACCAAAAGGACUCGGACCCUAACAUCAUCCCCAUAGAAAAAGACGGCAUGGCCAUUUGCGAGAAGUGCGGCGCGAUCGGGGUGAAACACGCGUUCUACACGAAGGAGCGUCGCUUCUGCAGCCUGCUGUGCGCCCGCGAGUACACGGACAUGGAGCGGCGGGGGGAGGCCAUCCCCAAGCCCUACCCCGUGUUCAAUCUGUCGGACAGCGGCGGCAACGCGCCGCAACAGCCCCCCGCCUCGGCAGAAGACCCCCCGAGCCCGUCGACGAAGCUGGCCCGGCCCGCGCCCGCGCACACCUACGAGUGGAAGGGCCAGCUGUCAGAGCCCGGCUUCGUGGCCGCGCCCGUCUCCUGCUUCAAGCACGCGCCCAUGGCGGACUCGUGGGACAACGUGACGGUGGGUAUGAAGGUAGAGGUGGAGAACACGGACUGCGACGACUUCUCCGAGUCGCUCCCGGACUCCUUCUGGGUGGCGACGGUGCUGCAGAUCGCGGGCUACCACGCGCUGCUGCGCUACGAGGGCUUCGGCCAGAACUGCAGCAAGGACUUCUGGGUGAACCUGUGCUCGAGCGCCGUGCACCCCGUGGGGUGGUGCGCCACGCGCGGCAAGCCGCUCAUUCCCCCGAAGACCAUCGAGGACAAGUACAAGGACUGGAAGGAGUUCCUGGUGAAGCGGCUGACGGGCGCGCGCACCCUGCCCUUCAACUUCUCGGCGCGCGUCGCCGAGAGCCUGACGUCGCGCUUCAGCUGCGGCAUGAACCUCGAGGUGGUGGACAAGAACCGCAUCUCGCGCGUGAAGGUGGCGACCAUCCGCAACAUCGUGGGCAAGCGCCUGCACGUGAUGUACUACAACGCGGAGCCCGACGACAGCGGCUUCUGGUGCCACGAGGACUCGCCGCUCAUCCACCCGGUGGGGUGGGCGCGGCGCGUGGGCCAGGCGAUCGCGGCGCCGCGCGGCUACCUCGAGCGCUGCGAGGCCGGCCAGCUGGGCCACGAGGACGCGUGGCCCGCGCUCUUCUGCGAGCCCCCGCCCCAGCCCGCGCCCCCGCCCGCCGCCGCCUUCCGCGAGGGCAUGAAGCUCGAGGCCGUCGACCCGCUCAACCUCUCCUCCAUCUGCGUCGCCACCGUCAUGAAGGUGCUGAACGAGGGCUACAUCAUGGUGCGCAUCGACAGCUACGACGAGGACGCGUCGGGCGCCGACUGGUUCUGCUACCACGCCAGCAGCCCGUGCAUCUUCCCGGCGGGCUUCUGCCGGCAGCACGCGAUCGCGCUGACGCCGCCCAAGGGCUUCGACGCGGCCGAGUUCGAGUGGGAGGCGUACCUGGCGGCGACGGGCGCGGAGGCGGCGCCGCCCGCGCUCUUCUCGCGCGACGUGCCGGCGCACGGCUUCGUGGUGGGCGCGCGCCUCGAAGCCGCCGACAUCAUGGACCCGCGCCUCGUCUGCGUCGGCACCGUCUCGCGCGUCGUCGGCCGCCUGCUCAAGGUGCGUCUCUGCCGGGCUCACCUCACGUGA